AUGGCACCUCUUACUGGAAAGACCGUCUUCAUCACCGGCGGAACCCGCGGCAUUGGCCGUGCCAUAGCGCUAAGGUGUGCUCGGGACAACGCCAAUGUUGUCGUCAUAGCACGCAACGCCUCAAGCGAGAGCCCUAUUGUUUCUGAGAUUGCCAGCGCCGGCGGCCGUCCCCUAGCCAUCAAAUCCAGGAUUUUGGUGGCAUCGAUAUUCUUGGUCAACAACGCUACCAUCCUGGUCCUCAAGAAGACGACAGACAUUACCAUGGAUGAGUACGACAUGAUGACCCGCAUCAACACCCGCGGCACAUUCCAGGUCGUCAAGUACGCGCUGCCCCAUUUGCAGAAGAGUGACAACGGACAUAUCAUCACGAUGUGCCCGAAGCCGCAGCUGGAUGAGCGCUGGUUCUGCCGCAACCUGGCGUACUCGACCUCCAAGUUCACUAUGGGCCUGAUGGCAUUCGGUCUGUCGGCAGAACAGCGCGUGUUUGGCAUUGCCUCCAACACCCUGUGGCCCUUCUCGACCAUCGAUACCGAUGGUCUGGCAGAGUGCGGUAACGCCGAGUUCCAGGAGCGCCCACGCAAGCCCGCCAUCAUGGCCGACGCUGCGUAUUGGAUUGUGACCCAGGACUCGCGACAGUUUACUGGCAACUUCUGUCUUGAUGAGCUGGUGCUGCGCGAAUCGGGUGUCACCGACUUUGAACAGUAUAAUGUCGUGCCUGGCACCAAGCUAUCCGAGCUCAGUCGCGACCACAUGGUCACGGACGAACAGCUAGAGCGGCUGAGCGAGCUCCGUGCUUUAGCUGGCCAGCAGUAG